AUGGACCGCGUCGAAAACGCGGCCAACGAGGCCUUCUCCACCGCCGUGGACACGCUGCUCGACCGCACCGAGAACGUGAUCCAAGUGCACCACACAACUACCGUCGACGCCGACGCCCUCAAGGAGCUCAUCUCCAUGAUGGCCUGGAAGAUCCAACUCCAGGACCACGAGCUCGAACGCCAGGGCGAAGCCCUCCGCGCCCUCGGCUCGGAGGUGCAGCGGUUGCGCACCGAGGCGGACGCCAGCGCGGGGCUGCGCAAUGAUGUGCGCCGCCUGCACCAGGAGACGGAGGAGCUCAAAUCCACCGUGGCGCGGCAGGCGUCGGCGCUCGAUGCGCUGCGGCACGAACACGACGACAUGCAUCUGGACAUCAGCCGCGCCGUGGCGGGGGCCCACCCCGUAGCCUCCUCCUCCUCGGGGGCGCCCCCGGCGCACGCCUACACCGAGCCCACGUCCCUGGGGCAGCACUCGGACACGUCCGCUGGCGACUACACUGCUAGCGGGGCUGGCACCGGCUCCGUGCGGUUCGAUGAACGCCAGCAGAAUGCCAGCGGGAGCCUGCUUUACGCGUCCCCGCCGGGCACCGCGGGCGGUGCGGCGCGACGGCGACCGGCAUCCAGUGACGGUAGCGAUGCCUUC